AUGUACUCCACUCAACCAAACGGCGCUGACAGUGGCACAAUCAAUCCCGCUGCUCUCAACUCGGCUGAUCUUCUCAACACGACCUCGCGCGGCAUCAAGCGAAGCCGCUCGCCAGACAACUAUCAGGAACCUGCUCGCGGUUCAGACGGUGCUUCCAACCCCCGAAAGCGAGGGAAACAAAUGAAGUCACGGGGAUCCGAGCCUGCCGGCCAGGCGCCCGUCGCGGGCCUACCUCAGGGUAUCCAGCCGCCGCACACGCCUCAUAACCCGAACGCGCCGCUGCCCGGCCAAGCUGUCGCGUACGCGCCCACGCAGGCAUCGCCUCCACCAAAGACGACGCCAACCAAGACGACGCUGAAGGCCCUGCCCACAGUUCGAGACCAUACGACCGACCAGCUGAACCCCAGCGGAGAUGAAUAUCUGCCGCGCGAGAUUGAUGAGUUCGGAGAGAAAAAGGUCAUGGCCAACGGCCAGCUGCUAGGAGGGCGGACCUACCGGUGCCGCACAUUCCUGGUGCCAAACCGCGGCGAUCGGCUGUUCAUGUUGGCAACGGAGUGCGCCAGGGUCUUGGGAUACCGAGACUCUUACCUCUUGUUCAACAAGAAUCGAUCACUUUUCAAGAUCAUUGCCAGCCAGCCUGAAAAGGAUGACCUAGUGGCCCAGGAAAUCCUCCCCUUUUCUUACCGAUCGCGGCAGAUUGCCAUCGUUACGGCGCGGUCCAUGUUCCGCCAAUUCGGCAGUCGCGUCAUCGAGAACGGACGCCGCGUCCGCGACGACUACUGGGAGACCAAGGCUCGAAAGCAAGGUUUCACCGAGGCUGACCCUGCGGGCGAGAAGCGGCCUGGACAAGCCAAGGCUCGCGAGGCUGCCGAGGCUCAGAAUCAGGUCAUGCUUGGCGGCCCUCAAGGUGAGAUUGUCUAUAGCAACGCGCCGGCCCAGUUCCCUGGCGCGCCGCAGCAGCCUCAGAUUGUCCAGCCGGGCAUGCUCGGGCCGGCUGGAGGUUCGACCCGGAUGCCUAUGAUCUCCCUGGGUUCGGAUCUCAGCGACACUCGCCCACGUGACUAUAGCGUCAACUUCAAGGGAGGUCCUCGCCAGGAGAUCACGGGACCACCGUACCAGGAUUUGACGCGUCCAGCUCAGCCAGGCGAGAUCAACCAACAGGCACACCAUGCUGCUGAGUACAACAGGCAGGUCACGCAGAAUCGUGAAAGGAGCAGCAACUACCUGCAGGACCACUGGCGUCGCCCACACGAACAGCCUCAAUCAGCCAGCCUGCACCAGCAGCAACCCAUCAGCACGACCGAAGCAUCUGUACCAACGAGUCGGGCUGCUGUCCAGUCACCUCACACUUCCUCCGUGAACAUGUCGCAGCCAGGUCUGGUUCCCAAUCAGAGCCCUCAAAUGGGACUAUCGAACCCUCCUUACUCUCAGGCGAUCCAUGCCCAGAACCCUAUUAGCCAAGCGCCGAUGAGGGGCAUGCCACAGAGCUCGCCGCAGCUGAAUAACAGACCGACGUCACUGGGCUCAGGAGCGACCGGCAGUCUGUCUCAGUCCACUCCCAGCUACCCUUACCCAGGCGGCUCCGGGCAGAUGUGGCCACAGCAGAUGCCGCAGGCACAUCAACACUAUCCCGGGUACACGACGCAAGGGCAGCAGCAGCAACAACAGCAGCAGCAGUCGCACCAGCAGCAGUCACCCGCUCCCCAGCCUCAGCUCCGACAGCACUCAUCCAGCGGCGUGCAGCCAGGCAUGCAGUUUUCCGGCAUGCCGGGCAUGAGCCAGGGUUAUGGAUCGAACCAGGCCAUCUACUCUGCCGAACAAACACCACGACAAUACAUGCCUCAGCCAAACCCGGGCGCCCCAGCCGUUAGCCAGGCAUGGUCGAACCAACAGUCGCCUGGCGCGCAGUGGUGGGCCAACCAACCUCAAUAG